AUGCCAUCUCGUUCAAGAACAGCAUUUCGUUUUUCUGAUUCCAAAUCACUAUCUCAAUGGCAUACGCGGAAAAUAUCAAUUGAUCUAUCUCACAGAAUUACUCCUGAUAAGGAGAACCGUGGCGUCCGCUUCGAUACCUAUGGACCAAGUUACUCCAAAUCUACCUGCCACAGGUCCCCUUACCCUCCCGUCACUCUUAACCCUCUCAAGGGCACGCCCACGUCCCAAUCCAAUCACACUAACAAUGACGCGUGUGGCCUAAACCAUAUGGCAAUUGAGGAAGAACUCCAUCUGGUUCUUUCAGCACUGGAUACGGCGAAGCAAAGCAUGGCUCAAUACAUAUCCAAGGAAAGCACUCUGACCGAACAGGUGGAGUGCUACCGCCACGAAAACAAGCGACUCUUUGAAGCGAUCGAAGUCAAGGACGCUGAUUUGGCGCGCGCUUCUGUUACCAUCGAAGUCCUAAUGAAGGAGGUUGACUCUCUUCGUAGAGAUCGCGACCGGUUGCUUGAGGAGAAUCUUGGACUUCAAACAUCUGUUGGGGAUGUGACAUCGUCUCUCAACAACACAACGGAUAUCCUGUCGGACAAGGAGGCUCAUGCAGAGUCCUACCUUGUAGAGAUUCAACAGCUUCAGGAAGCCAAUCGCCGGCUGAGGUUUGAAUACUCUGAGCUUUUGGAUACCCAUCGAAAGGUCGCUGAGCUGAACCUGCUUGAACAGGAGCUGCUGCUGGGUCAGGCCGAGUCCUAUCGCGAAAAAAGCGACGCGCUGGACGAGGAGAAUGCUAUCCUGGUAGAACGUUUGCAACUAACGGAUACUAUGGUGAUGGACGCGCGCACCACGAUAUCGAUGUUGAAACAGGCGAAUGAGGAACUGGACAGCUUGUACAGCAGCGCUGUAGAUGCCACUGUGGAUCUCGCCGUUCGUCUGCAUGUGUGCGAUGAUCAUUUAUCAUAUGCUAUGGAAGGCAUGCGGCUUCAGGAGGAGAAAUGGACUUCCGAAGUUGCUGAGGCCAACUUACGACUUCAAACGGAGAGCUCGCGUUUGAAAUCUUUGGUUUCAUCGGAAACAAAUGCAAAGUUCCUCGUGCGUGCUGAACUCAAUGAUCUUCGAAAAGAACACACAUCUACUUUGGCGAAAACCGAUACCCUUAGGACAGAACUUGAGAAAGUCGAGCUCAGACUGAAGGGCACGCAUUGUAAACUUACAGAAGCGCAGUCUACUAGGCAGGCCUUGGAUGCGCGUAUCGAAAAUCUGAACGACGACCUAAAGAAUGCCCGCUUUGUGGGUUCGGGCCUCACAACGAACCUUCUGAAGGCUCAAUGUCGAAUCUUGGCUUUAUCUUUACAGAAAGACGAUGUAGAGAAAAAGCUGGAUGAUGCACUCGAAAAAUGGAAGACCGCAACCUGUCAACUUAUCGAGGCAGAGGAGCGGGAGCAGGAUACUAUAGCUGACCUGGAAUCCACUGUUGGGGAUUUGUUGGAAGAAAACGAAAAUCUGGAAAAUCGUCUCCAAAAGGCAAAACAGAAGAAACAAAAUUUACGAAUAGAACUUGAAGAUAUGAAGGAAAGACUUGAGGUAGCCGAGGCCAGGAGGCGGACUUGGCGACAGGAGUUGAACGUAGUUCAGCGUCAGCUAAGGAUCGCUCAGAAACAUAACAGAUCCAUGGAUCAGCUAUCCGUGUAUCAAUUUGAGGUGCACCGAGACCUGGGCAGCAAUCAUAUAAAGCGCUGUAAAAACCAUUCAUCUUCGACAGAAUACUCGAAAUUGGUCGAAUAUGUUGAAGAUAUCAACGCUGCUAUUGCCCAGUAUGCCGCUGACCUGACCGACAAGGAUUAUUUCUACUAUACAUCGCCCCCGGUUGAGGAGAGCAAGCGCACAAACCAUAUUCUAGGUGAUUCAUUGGUCUCGGCACUCAAGAAGAAAGCUGUCCCCGUGAAGUUGUCCAAAUACUUGACGCUGAUAUCGUUGGUUCUCGAAAUAUUUAUGGUGGAUUGGACCUCUGCAAUCAUCGAUGCAUUGUAUCCCAAGCAACGAACCUUUGCGGAUGUCUUGGUCGCACUGGCAGCGGGCACUCUUCCAUGUUCAGUCGCAGGUGCAUGUAAAACAAAUAAUCGCCAUUCAAUACGCAGUCAAUCAACUGCUGUAAUCUCCCAGUGCGACAGGGGCGACUACAGCGCUUGGGCACAGGAGGCUCUCGAUGACCUCCCUGGCAUCUUACAAACCUGUGGCUUGGUCUUUAAAAACCAAUACGAAGAGCGCUUCAAAAAGCGAUUUACAUCGCUAUUCAAGGAUGCGUAUAAGAUUAGGACUUGCAUGGCCGAGAAGGAUUUGUGUGGAAAUUUGGAGCUCUUCGUCGUUUCAUCUGAUACUCUGUUUCAAACGGAUACCAUGAAGCAGAGUCCUCGCAUGAAAGCUGAAGGGAAACAGAAUAAGGAAAAUGCAGUGGUUGUCGGUACCGUUGGACUGGGCUUGGAGGUCAUGGAAAAGGAACCCAAUGAAACAGUCCCCCGUAGUCGAGUGAUUUUAAAGCCGACAGUGGUUAUCACCAGCGCGCUAAAUUCAAACUAG